AUGGAGGAACAAAAUAAUAGCCACAUUAGAUUACUAAACAAUUGGCCCCAAGUAGAAAGGAGCAUACAAACCAGUCCAGCAACGGUACCAAUAGAAAUGGUUUACCAAGGGGAGAAUUACCCAGUCGGAGAAAUUCAAAACUAUAAACAUGUACUUAGUGGAAAAACACUGCAAGAAAAAAAAGAGGUGGAAAAAUUGAAUUCGGAUUAUUAUGAAGAUUUAAGAAAAGCUGCAGAGUGUCAUAGGCAAGUUAGGAAAUACAUACAGACGUAUAUCCAACCGGGAAGAAAAAUGAUUGACAUAGUAAAAGAGACAGAGAAAAAAACGAAAGAGUUGAUUUUAUCUCAUAAAUUAAAUUGUGGAUGGGGAUUUCCAACAGGGUGCUCAUUAAAUCAUUGCGCAGCUCAUUACACUCCAAAUUAUGGAGAUGAAACUGUUUUAAAAUAUGAUGAUGUAUGCAAGUUAGAUUUUGGAGUACAUGUUAAUGGUUACAUAAUCGACUGUGCUUUUACCAUUGCCUUUAACGAAAAGUACGAUAAUCUUAUUAAGGCUACUCAAGAUGGAACAAACACAGGUAUUAGAGAGGCAGGAAUUGAUGCCAGAAUGUGUGACAUAGGAGAAGCAAUUCAAGAAGCUAUUGAGUCAUACGAACUGGAAUUAAACCAAAAGACUUAUCCCAUUAAAGCCAUUUCAAAUCUCAGAGGACACUCCAUUAAUAAGUAUAUUAUUCAUGGGGGGAAGUGUGUCCCCAUUGUCAAACAGAAAGAAAAAAAUGAAAUAAUGGAAGAAGGAGAACUAUUUGCCAUCGAAACCUUUGCGUCUACUGGAAAGGGUUAUGUUACUCACGACAAUGAGUGUUCCCAUUACAUGAGAAAUCCAGACAAACAAUUUGUUCCCAUUAGAUUAAAUUCUGCAAAGACACUCUUAAAAGUUAUUAAUGAUAAUUUUGAUACCCUCCCAUUUUGUCAUAGAUGGUUGGAUGACUUGGGACAAAAGAGGCAUUUUAUGGCCCUAAAAACGCUCGUAGAUUUAAACAUCGUGGAGGCAUAUCCCCCUCUUUGUGAUGUGAAGAACUCCUUUACGUCUCAAAUGGAGCACACCAUUUUGCUGCGCCCGACA